ACAGGUGGUAACCCUACUUAAAGUGCACAGAUGUCUAAACUGGGCAAACCUGAUUUGUCAUUCUGCUUGCGUAGUGAACGGUCUCUUUCUGUGAAAGUCUGUAUCUUGUUGUAUAAAGAUACCGCAACGUUGCAACUACAUAACCCACAACUUAGGGAACAUUCGGGAUAACUUAAAAGGAGGAGCCCAACAACGCAGUUAACGUUAUAAACCGUGCUGAAACAGUUGCUUUCAGGACCUUCGCUUGGUGGUUACCUCCUUCCGAAGUUCGGGUGCUCCUUGUUAGUAAUACAGCCUUUUCUAUCCCGGAGUAAGAAAUUAAACACAGCUCUACGGAAGAAAAGGCAAACAAGUUAAUUGUAGUACUUAUCACAGUUCAGUUGUUUGACACUAACACAGCUGAACUUUUCACCAAUAGUUUAUCUGUUGUGUUUAAGGAAGGCAAUCAUUGCUAUAAAUUGUUACACGCUAAGAAUAAGGAUAAAAAAUGUAAAACCUUGCUUGCUUCAAUCACCAGCUACGAUUUCAGACACAUUUCUAGUAAAUUACAAGAACACAGUUUCUAGUUCUCAAGUGCAUGCGCAUUACUAAAUAAAGGCUACCAUCUUGGUACGCUGAAAUAACCCUCUCGGUAUUGAAAGAGGGUCCUAAGCAGUACUUGUAGAAAUGUAAGGGAACUGAAUGAAUUAAAAUUAGUAACAGUUGUGGCGACAGUGGUUAUAAUUAAUCCCAAAACAACCGGUACUAAAACUAAGUUGUUUAGCAUUAGGGAUAAAAUAUUACACCCACCAUCGGAGUUAUGCCGUCAGUUAUCCUACCGCCCAAAGAAAGUAACCUCUUUAAGAGGAUCUUGAAAUGCUAUGAACAGAAGCAGUACAAAAAUGGGCUGAAGUUCUGCAAGAUGAUCCUCGCAAACCCUAAAUUUGCUGAACAUGGAGAAACGCUGGCCAUGAAAGGUUUAACAUUGAAUUGUUUGGGGAAGAAAGAAGAAGCAUAUGAGUUUGUUCGGAAGGGCCUUCGCAAUGAUGUGAAGAGUCAUGUCUGCUGGCAUGUUUAUGGGCUUCUGCAACGCUCUGACAAGAAAUAUGAUGAAGCCAUCAAGUGUUAUCGAAAUGCUUUAAAACUGGAUAAAGACAACCUUCAAAUCUUGAGAGACCUGUCCCUACUACAAAUUCAAAUGAGAGAUUUGGAAGGUUAUAGGGAGACAAGGUAUCAACUUCUUCAGCUUCGACCCACCCAGAGGGCAUCAUGGAUUGGAUAUGCAAUUGCAUAUCAUUUGCUGGAGGAUUAUGAUAUGGCUUUGAAGUUGCUUGAAGAAUUCAGGAAAACUCAACAGGUCCCUCCUAAUAAACUUGACUAUGAGUAUAGUGAGCUGCUACUGUACCAGAAUCAAGUAAUGAGAGAAGCAGAUCUCUUUCAAGAGUCGUUAGAACACAUAGAGACAUAUGAAAAGCAAAUAUGUGAUAAGCUAGUAGUAGUAGAAAUUAAAGGGGAAAUGUUAUUAAACUUGGGAAGACUAGAUGAAGCUGCUAAUGUAUACAGACAACUGAUUGAUCGAAAUGCUGAAAACUGGCCAUAUUAUGAAGGCUUGGAAAAGGCUCUUCAGCCCAGCACUUUAGAGAAAAGACUUCAGAUUUAUGAAGAAGUUUGUAAGAAGCAUCCAAGAGCAUUGUCACCACGGCGGAUACCAUUAAACUUUAUUGCAGGUGAAAAAUUAAGAGAAACACUGGAUAAGUUCUUGAGAGUCAACUUCAGCAAAGGCUGCCCACCAUUGUUCACUGUUUUGAAGUCUUUGUACAGCAAGGCAGAAAAGGUUUCCAUAAUAGAAGAACUUGUCACUGGUUAUGAAGCUUCUUUAAAAACAUGCAGCUUUUUUACUCCUUACGAAAAUGGAGAAAAAGAACCACCAACAACUCUACUUUGGGUGCGAUAUUUCCUGGCACAGCACUUUGACAAACUUGGCCAGUGGUCAUUAGCCCUAGAAUACAUUAAUACAGCAAUUGAAAGUACUCCAACAUUAAUUGAACUCUUCUAUAUUAAAGCGAAAAUUUACAAGCAUGCAGGUAACUUAAAAGAGGCUGCCAAAUGGAUGGAGGAAGCACAGUCCUUGGAUACAGCUGACAGAUUUAUUAAUUCCAAGAGUGCAAAGUACAUGUUACGAGCAAACAUGAUAAAAGAGGCUGAGGAGAUGUGCUCAAAAUUUACAAGGGAGGGUACAUCGGCAAUGGAGAACUUGAAUGAAAUGCAGUGCAUGUGGUUUCAGACUGAAUGCGCAGCAGCUUAUCAGAGGUUAGGCAAAUAUGGGGAUGCUUUGAAGAAGUGCCAUGAAGUGGAAAGACACUUUUUUGAGAUAACUGAUGAUCAGUUUGAUUUUCACACGUAUUGUAUGAGAAAGAUGACGUUGAGAGCCUAUGUGGAUCUCCUGAGGUUAGAAGAUAUCCUCCGACGGCAUGCAUUUUACUUCAAAGCUGCAACAUCAGCAAUAGAGAUCUAUCUGAAAUUGCAUGAUAACCCACUAACCAAUGAAAAUAAAGAACAAGAAGUGAAUUCAGAAAACCUAUCUGCCAAAGAACUGAAAAAGGUGCUCAGCAAACAGAGGAGGGCGCAGAAAAAAGCAAAGUUAGAAGAAGAACGAAAGCAUGCAGAACGAGAACGACAGCAGAAAAAUCAGAAGAAAAAAAAAGAUGAAGAGGAGGAAGAACCCAGUGGUCCUAAAGAAGAAUUGGUACCUGAAAAACUGGAAAGAGUGGAGCAUCCUUUAGAAGAAGCAGUUAAGUUCCUAACUCCACUAAAGAACCUUGCAGCUGACCACAUUGACACACACCUUUUAGCUUUUGAAAUAUACUUUAGAAAAGGGAAGUUCUUGUUAAUGUUGCAGUCGGUUAAGAGAGCUUUUUCCCUCGAACCAAAUAAUCCAUGGCUUCAUGAAUGCUUAAUUAGGUUUGCAAAUCGUGUGUGCAGUUACAGCAAUCUUCAUGACAUUGUCCAGAAUGUGCUUACUCAAGAAAUGCAGAAGAUAUUUGCUAACAAGGACCCGAAAAGUUUUAAUGAAGAAUUUCUCAGUAGAAAUGCUACCUCAGUUCAGCAUUUACUGUCAGGUGCCAAGAUGAUGCAUUUCCUAGAUAAUUCAAGACAAGAAAAGGCUAUUUGUAUAGCUACUAGGCUGGAUGAUAAAGUGAAAGACAAAAAUGUGAAGAAUCUUACUCGUGUCUUAGAAGCACUACUUGAUGGCAGUUUUGGAAGUUGCAAUGCACAGUAUGAGGACUAUAGGACAUCUUGCCAUAAACUGUUUCCCUUUGCAACUGCCUUUUUACCUGCCACAGAGGAAGAAGAAAAUAUUACAUCUAUAAACAGCACAUCUUUUAACCACGAUGCUCUAUCCAAUGAAAUCUGAAAUGAUGGCAGUCUGACAUUUGCACACAUCUGCUGUCAUGACUUGACGUUCUUCAGGGUUAUUUUAUCAAAGUCAUAUUGACAAAUUGCUUGCCCAUGUAAAUUUUUGGCAGUAUAUAUGUAUAUAUAUUUCCAAGAAAAUGGGACAUGGUAUUCCACCACAGAGUACCCUGUUGAAUAUUGUUUUUCCUAGAACUUGAAACUGUUUAUGCAAAAUCUUAAUUCAAUAUUUGUCAUGUUUAUACUUGUACAGUUUUAAACAUUUUAACUGCAAAAUCCCUAGUAAUGGACAUUUAAUGUAAAAAAAAAAAAUAUAUAUAUAUAUAUGUACUGUGAUUUGGCCUGAAUUUUCCUACACCGUAAGGCAAAGAUAGUGAUUUCUUGUAAAUAAGCAAGGACACUGAUCUGCUAGAGUUUACAGGUAAAACAAAAUUCAGGAACACUUAAAAACUCAGCAAAAUUGUAAAAUGCCACUGACUCAACAGGAACACACAUCAUUUAGAAUAGUAAUACCAGAUUUUUUUAAUGGAGAGAGGUGAGUUUUUAAACUUUAUCAGUGCCCUGAACAUGAGGUACAGACAUUAAAUGUUUUAUUUUUGCUGAUCCGUUUGUAAUGCUGCGUAAGUUGUGCUUCCCAUUUUUUUUCUUUGAGGAGACAGUUAAGUUCAUAAUUUGUUCCAAAUUAGUUUGACAUUUUACCGUUUCUGUGUGUACUGCACCUACUAUUUAUGCAUGAAUGUUUGAAUCCUUCAUAUAAAUGGAUGUUUCUUUAGGGUGGGAGUAUUGGCUUUGCUUAAAACUGAAAAAGGGAGUUGCUGAAACUGCUGUGCCGUACCCAAUGGUUUCAGAUUUGCGUGCCGAAUUGUUUUCCUUUUGAGUUUGUUUUUGAGUCAGUCAAGCAUAAACUUAUGUGAACAUGUUACAAGCUUAUCUCUUGACAGUUCUGGACAGUAGAAGACUUCUUGUUUUACCCCAGUCUUCUGUGCUCCUAUUUCAUCCAGAACACAGCAACCACUUUAUACUUUAGUUCAUACAUUAACAGUUUUUGAUAUGCCAAAUUGGAGUACAAAAGUUGUUUUGCAGGCAGAAAAAAUCUUGUAGACCUCUGUAUACAGGACUUGUUUCUGCAGAGAUGAUUUUUUUUUCAGUUUUAAUUUUAGAGGAUAUGCCUCAUACUGAAAAGAGGUCACUGUCCUUUUUAGUACUCCUAGCCAUCAUUUAACUAAUAGUUGAAAGGUAUGCAGUUGUGGGUCAGAUUGUCUUUUGUUAUAGUAUUUGUUUACUGAAAAAGUUUUACAAGCAGUACAUCCUUUUAAAAAAGUGAGUAGUAACACAUUGAAGAAGUGGAUGUUAUUCCUUUAGGUAGGAACAGUUUACACAAUUACUGUUUUUUUCCAGAAGUUAUAGCUGCAUUCUUUAUUAGGUGAUACUUGAUUGCACCUAUAAGGAGAAUAAGCAUUGCUGUUUUUUUUUUUUUUUUUUGUAUUUGCAGCAUUCUGUAGCAGUUUACUCAUGGAGGUAGUCUGAAAUGUUAACUUGUUACAAGUUAAUUGUGAACAACUUCUUCUGGCUUUUCCCGAUUAGGGUCGCCACAGCGGAACUCCAGUCCUCUAAUAAGUGGCAGUAGAUUUUUACAGUGCUGAGGUGCCAGUUUGACGCC